CCUUAGUUUUUGUCAUGGCGUGCCUGUCGCUGUCAUAACUGGCACCACCACACUACACUUCCAUCAUUGUCAGACACGACGUCACCGCUCUCAUCAUUAUGUUUCAAGGGAGGACACAGAAGAACAGGAAAUCGAGCUGUUGAAAAGUUUCAUUUCGGCGCCUGUGCUGUGCACUGUAUUUAUUUGUCGCCACGUCAACGGCCAACGAACACGCAUUUGGUUAAUUUUACCUGAAAUACCUCACCUCUCGUCAUCUUCAAACGUCAUGCUUCGAUGUCUCGCCGGCAGCUCUUGUAUGAGGUGGAUAGAAGGUAAUAAGGCGACGUGGUAUUUUGUGUGCCUUGUUAUUAUCUAUGUAUUAUACCUGAUCUUUGGCGCUUUGAUAUUCUCUUCUGUGGAGUUGCCGUACGAGGAUGACCUGAGGGAUGAGCUUCGCGUAGUCAAACAGCAGUUUCUACAGGAAAAUGACUGUAUAUCUGACGAACGAUUAGAGAAGUUUCUUGUGAGAGUGCUUGAAGCCAACAAUUACGGAGUGUCUGUGUUGAACAACGCAUCCACAAACAGGAACUGGGAUUUUACCUCUGCGCUUUUUUUCGCGAGCACCGUUCUGUCAACCACAGGCUAUGGCCACUCCGUGCCGCUCUCCGACGGUGGGAAGGCCUUCUGCAUCAUCUACUCCGUCUUCGGGAUCCCCUUCACCCUCCUCUUCCUCACCGCUGUGGUGCAGAGGAUCAUGGUGUUCAUCACACGCCGGCCCGUGGCCUACUUCCACCGGCGCUCGGGCCUGUCCAAGGCCCUGGUGGCGGGCACCCACGCCGCCCUGCUGGCCCUGAUCACGGCCUCCUGUUUCUUCCUCAUCCCCGCCAUCAUCUUCUCCGUCAUGGAGGAGGAUUGGAACUUCCUGGAGAGUUUCUACUUCUGCUUCAUCUCUCUCAGCACCAUCGGUCUGGGAGACUACGUGCCCGGGGAGGGCUACAACCAGCGCUUCCGGCAGCUCUACAAAGUGGGCAUCACAUUCUACCUGAUCCUGGGCCUGAUCGCUAUGCUGGUCGUCCUGGAGACGUUCUGUGAGCUUCCCCACCUGAAGAACCUGAGGAAGGCCUUCUACCUGAAGAAGGAGAAGACGGAGGACCAGCUGAACAUCGUGGACCACGACCACCUGUCCUUCGCCACCGUGUGUGAACAGACGGGUCCGGGCACAGAGGAGAGAGGAGACCUCUUCCUGGACGGAGACGCAUCCUCCAUGACCCAGGUCCCUCCGCUCACACCAGACGACAACAUCGUGAUUAGAUGAGAACUGGCACCCUCACGUCAUCAGAACACUCCUCGCACAGUGCUGACAGUUGAAAUUCGUUUUUAAAUGUAUCUAUUUUGAACAUGGCAGUAUGUAGUUGGACUCGAUGGUACGCCAUGGGCUUUAUGUGGUAGUGCUUGCCAGUGGUGGACAGUGUUUUAUUUUUUAUAAAUAAUCAUUAGCGUAGUGUUUUUUAUUUUAUUUUACUGUGUUGUACUGCUGUGCCAUGUAAAUGACGCAUUAUGUGGAUUAGUGCUAUAUUAGUGGUGUUGGGAAGAUUUUAUUGUAGCCUUAAGACAUUGUUACAGUGUAACAGAUAUGGGCUGUUCCCCUAAUAACAUAGGGUACAGCCAUGUGCUGCUAUCGAUUUUCAAACUAUGGUUUGUGUUUUGAUCAGAAAGCAGUUGCUUUGCGAACAUAUAAGAAGUGUACUUACCGUUGACAGGGUCUUACUACCUUGCCAUGAACAUAACAGGCAUUUUAAAGGGAAAGAAAUAGUUACUCAUGAAGGGAAAAUAUGCAGAAAAUAUUCUUGAACCUAAAAAGAAGGCAGUGGUGAUAUAAAUAACACAGUAACACAGCACAUUUACAAUACACAGCAAACUGCUGUUCAACAAAAGGUCCAGUAGAUGGUGCUAUGCAAGCAUAAUAGUAUAUACAGUACUCCGGUGAUUCUCUGGUACAGCACAUAGAUAUGAAUACAUCUAUGCAAGUCUAAAGGUGAAGAUUCACAGGGCAACUUUUGGGCAAUGAUUCUGGGCAACAACAAGAUUGGCUCUUAAUUGUAUGAUAACAUGAUUUACCUGUAGAACACCUUUUCCAACGUGGGGCCCACUUGAAAUGUUCACAAAUGUCCGGGGCCCACCUCUGACCCAACAAACAAUAAAACUCAAAUAAGUAGUCAACAGCAACACAAACUAUUUAGAUUUUUCAGAAAAUGGGUUCAAGUUAAUCUAGGAAUACCUUCAGGUCCCACCAAUGGGCCCCGGCCCAUAGUUUGAGAAUCUCUGAUUUAGAAAAUCUAAAGCUGGUCCAAGUUCUCUUGAGUGAUAAACUAUCUAGUAUAGUUGCCCAAAAGUUUCUCUCAAAAUGAUGGCAAGUGUAUCGUCACCAAGUCUGUCUAUGAGACAUUAUUGUUGCCUCAAAGGUACCUAGUUAGGUCAACAACAUUAUAUGAUGGCAUUAAGGGAAAUAUUUCAAGCAAACUAAUUGAGUGUAGGAUCAUAUCAACAAAGACCAAUUUUAUAAUACACUGUGCUUUUAUAUUGUGAAGUUAUCUGAAUUGUGUCGUUAGCAAUAACUUAUUUUAUUUAUGUAACAUGGUCAACUUGAAAUUAUACAGGAAUUGCAUACAUCCAAAAUGCUUCCUCAAGUAAAAUAUCCUGCUGUUUUAUUUACACAAGGGAAUGUACAGACAUUAUUUUAAUGUAUGUAUUUUAAAUGUACAUUUACAUAUAGUGUACCGGUAUUUAUCAGAUCUUCUGGUGUUUUUUCAUCAUCAAUAUAAAUAUUUUAGUUUCAGUAAAUGACUGAAAUCAAUCUCGUUAUUUGAAUCCAUUGCAGUAGCUCAUAAAUUCUCUAUGCCAAAUAAAUAUGUAAU